AUGAAGAAAAAUGUUGGAAGUUCUAGUACUCCAAAUUCUAAAAAGAAAUUGACUAUGGAUUUUUAAUAGGAUUAAUCCUAAUAAUAACCAUAAACUAGUUAAUUCAUUUCAACAGAAGAUCAAUCUCAAGGGGAUUAGCCUAAAGUAAAAAGUCUAUUAAUUAAAAUAGAAUGAUGAAUCCAUAAUUACCAAUGAUUUACCUUAAGCUAGCAGCACCAACUUAGUUUAAUAAGAAAAUCAAGACAAUUUAGAUAAUCAAAUUGGAGAUACAAAUAAUGAUGAUGAUGCUAAAAUUAAUGCAGAUUCAAAUAUUGUAAAUUCUGACGAAACAGAUAAAUUAAAUCUAAUUAACCAUCAAAUUGAGAAUAAUCUAAUCAAUGAGAUUUCAUAAAAUGAAUCAAUCAUUGUGCAAAAUUAAAAUCCAGAUUAAUAUUAAAAUCUAAAAUAAGAAAGUAUUUAACAUAAUUAUAACAGAAAGUCAUUAUUUAAAUUCGCUAGAAAACGAAGAUCCAAAUCAAUAGACCAAAAAAGCAAGACCGUAAUUUAGUAAUAAAAAAAAAAUCACUAUAGAAAUAAAUAAUGACGAAAUUGAUAAUUACAAAUAAGAUAUUGAUUCGGGAUAGUAAAUUAAUUCCUAACUCUCUUUGAGACUGCAAUAAGAAUAAACCAAUAAUUUAGUAUAAUAAUCAGAUAUAGAAGGUAGUUUAGAAGAUAAUCAAGAAUAGAAGUAAAUCCAACUAGAAGAUAUUAUCGAAAAUGACCAGAAUAUGUAAACUUAAAACACAGAAGAUCAUAGGUAAGAUGUAGAAAUAGAUGAUUGUGAAAAUACAGAAGAAAAAAACAGCCAAGAAUCAAUUGAUGAGGAUACUAAAAAUGUAAAUGCUUAAAUCAAUUCUGAAUAAUUACGAUAAAUAGAAGAGGGAUCAUCAGAGCAAGGAGAACAACUACCUGAUUUGAGUUAAGAAAUCAAAUAGGACCAUUAGGAAGUAGAAUAAUAAUAAUCAAUUUAAAUAUAGAUUGAGGACUAAGAGAAUAUUUUGGAAGGGCUAUAGUAGAAUUGCAAUAAAAGGGAUAACUAUGUUGAGAAUGAAAAAAAAGGAAAUUUAGAUUAAGUCGACGAAUCAAUUAAUGAAGAUGCAUCGUAAGAACUUGUGAAAGCUAAAACUGAUGAAGUAAACAAUAAUUAAGAUGAGAACUAUGAAAAUAAGGAAGAUAAUGAAUCUAAAUAUUCUGAUAAAAUUAUUGAAGAAACACAAAAAUCUAUAGAAUAGUCUAAUCAAUUAGAAGAUGAUACAGAAAUGAACUAGGAUAUUUAAGAUAAAGAUUAAGAAUCUUAAUGUAAUAAUUAGGAAUUAACACUGGAAGUUGAGGAUAAAAAUUAAUCUUAAAAUUAAGAUGAGGACAAAUAACAUUAUUAGGAUGAAAAUUAUUCAAAUAGUUAAAGUGAAGAUGAAUAAAAUAAAUAGGAUGAAUAUAAAGGAAAUAUUUAAGGUGAAGAGGGAUAAAAAAAUAGUUAAGAUGAGAAAAGACUCAACAGUUCAGUUGAUUAGUAAUUCUUAUUCACAGAUUCAACAGAUUAGAAAAAAUCUAUUAGAGAAAGCGAUCUAUAAACUAAUUAAGUUGAAUAAGAAAAAACAGAAGUAAAUGAAAUUGAGAUUAACUAAGACUAAGUAGUAGAUUAAGGAGAAAGCAAUUUAUAAUAAAUUAAUGAAGAAUGUCUAUAAGAUAAUUUAUUAUCAUAAGAGGGUGAUGUUUCAAAAUAAAUAGUUUCAAAGGAAGUUUAGUAGGAUGAAGAAUUUAUCAUUUAAGCAUAAUUUGAAUAAUUGCAAUUGAGUGAAAAUUCAAUAUAAUCAUAAACUAAAGAGGAAGAAGAUUAAUAGCCAAUCAUAGUUAAAACUGAGGAUGAAGAAAUCUUUGAUAAGAUCAAUAAUUCACAAUAAUAAGAUAAGGACAUCAGAGUCUUAAUUGAAGAUCAAAAUAUGAUACCAGACUAAUAGGAAUUUAAUUAAUAAGAAAUUUUUCCAUAACAAGAGCUUCAUUAAGGAGGCCUAUAAAAAGUAGAAAAAAUAAAUUAAGAGAAUAAUUCUGAUGCAUAAUAACAAGGUUCCAAACACUCAGACAAUUCAGAGGAUAUAUGUGAAUAGCUACAGAAACUAACAAUAUAGGAUUUUGAGAGUGAAAAUGAGAAAGAAAUUGAUUUAAAUAAUAAUGAUAUUUAAUAAUAAGUGAACUAAGAGGAUAUUGAAACAAACAAAUAAUGUAUCUUCUAAGAGGAAGUUAACCUGCAACUAGAGUAAAUUAAGCUGCAAUGCGAGAAUAAUUAAGAGGAACAUAAAGAAGUAACUUAAUGUGAAGUAGAUUAAGGAUUUUGUAAUAAAGAAAUAAUUGAAGUAGAGAAUAGUCCAAAAAUAGAAUAAAAGGCAGUAUUGCUUAACUUAAACUGCAAUGGUGAAGAAAUGGAAUAAAUAUAAUAAUAAGCUAAAAAUGUUUUUUAACCAUAAAUUAAUAAUUUUUCUUAAUAAAACGAAAAAAUGGAUAAGGACAUCGAGUAGACUGAAGAUCAAUAGAUGAAUUCGAACUCCUAACAAAAUGAAGAGGGAACCCUAAGCAAAAAUUAAUAAGAUUCAGAACUGACAAAUGACUUAAUUAAUAAUCAGCCUGAAUCAAACCAAAAAAAAUAAUCCAUUAAAUUGAUUGACCAUUCCGAACAAAACAAAGACUCCGAGGAGGAGGAAAACCUUUUGAAAUCGCAGAAACACGAAGAUAAAUAAGGAGAUGAGCGUCAGAAUGUAACAUUUUCUUCUAAAAAAAAAAUUGAUUCAUAAAAAGAAAGUUACUUUCUUUCUCAAAGCAAAAUCCAAAAUUAAGAGGAUUCUUUAAAUUAGAAUCAAUUUAAUACUAGCUUAUCAUAAAAUCAAAGGGAAUACAAUUCUUCAAAAAGUAACGAUCACACUAAUUUUGAUUUGGGACAUGCAGAAUUAUAUAAGGAUACUUAUUUUAAUUAAAACUCAGAUGAUUUACAAGAGUAGAGGAAAUAAAAGAUCAGAGACUUAAAAUAAUAAAUUGAUUAGGCUGAAAAGGAAAUCGAAGAGAAGGAUUAAGAAAUAUAACAAAAUUAAGAAAUGAUCACUAAUUUCGAAACCUUUGUUUUGGGAAAUACUAAUCCUGAAGAGUUUGAGAAGAUUAUAUUGUCUGAGAGGAAUUUCGAAACAGAAAAUUUAUUGAUUACCCUUUUGAUUAAUAAAUUACGAGAAUUUAUAUAGGAAUUUUAAAAUUCAAUCAUUGAUUUAAUAAAUAGAUUUGAUGGUAAAACAGAAAUAGAGAAAGAUGAAGAAUCUGAAAGAGAUAGAGAAACAAAAGAUCAUGAAAAACACUUACAAGUGAUCUCUAAUGAGUUUAAGAAAUUUAAAUAAAAAAAACAAUAGAAAAAGGAAAUAAACGAUAAUAAAAAUUAAGUGAUUUAAAAUUUGAGUGAUGGUGAUUAGAAAAUGAUCAAUGAAGAACUCAACACACUUAUUUUCAAUAUUAUUGGAUAAACAAAGUUGUUAAGGGAUAGUUUGUAAAAGAAUUGUUGCCUUCUCGUUAAAUUCAAUUGUGAAGUGUACAAUGGCCUAUAAGGAAUGUCCAAAAAUAUCAAAUAACUUGAUUAAAUUAGAAGUCUAACUAAUUCAGUUAAAUUAACAACUUAACACUACUAAUCCAUUAUUAAUGACUAAAUUGAUUUGUAAGAGGCUAAGGAUGAUAAUAAUCACAUAUUACUAUUAGAUUUGUUGAAAUAGCUAAUAAAUAAACAAGAAUAAGCAUUUUAGUUUCAAUAAUUAUUUACAAAUUAUUUAUCUGAAAGGAUUGAUCUUGUUCAAUAAAGCGAAGAAAAUUUAAGGGAAGAUAAUGCUAAAAGAUCACAAACUUUCAAUUGA